AUAUAUAUAUAUAUAUAUAUAUAUAUAUUUAUCCACCUAUUACUCUCAAAUAUUUUACAAAAUUUAUCCGUUUAUUCAAUUGUGAACAAAUAAUCUUUGACAAAAAACAAACGAUUAUUCUUCUCAAACUACCAACCAACUAAUCAUUAUGUUUACAUUCCAAAAAUUAUCAUUUAUCAUUUUAACAACUCUCUACUUGUCAUUACCACGAAUAGCAUUCAUGGUGAAUAGUUUGCCAACAACCAAUAACAAUGAUGCAAAUAUUCUCUAUCGUUUAUCACCAUCAUCUAUAUCACAUCAAAAUGGAAUGGAAAGAGUUUAUGCGCUACCGGAUGAACUAGUUGCACAAAUAUCAAAUGAACCUUAUUUCAAUUCAAUGUAUUUACCAAAACGAGCUGCAUACAUGGAUUUACCAUGGGGUAAACGUGCUCUAGCUAAACGUGCAGCUUAUAUUGAUUUACCUUGGGGUUAAAAUUUUAAAAUUGCAUUCACUAUUUAUUUACAAACUUUAUUGUGCUCCAUAUUGAAAUGAUUUUACUGAUUGAUUCAUACAUACACACAUUUAACCAUUGAUCAUGAUUACUAACCAUUGAUUAAAAAAAAAUAGAAAUUUGUGACAACUGGCAAAAAGAAAACUGUCAUUUACAAAACAAAAAAAAAAAAACAUGAAUAUUUCUUAAUUUAUGUGUUUAUCUGUUUGUUUAUUUUAUUUCUUGUGAAAACUUUAUGUUGUUUUCCCAGAAAAAUACCAUUUAAACAACAAUCUUUCAUUAAUUGUUCAAUUUUCAAGAAAAAAACAAUCGAAUCAGUUGUUCAAUUCAAUAAUUAUUAUGUCUUCUAAUUUGCG